UGGUUACGUCAAAUCCUUCCUCUCGAGCCGCAGCACGCCGUCGUCUUGGAAACGCUCCCUCAGCGUUACAAGCUUGUGUGAGGCUGUAUGGUCGGAUGAUGGAAGAAAACAGCAGAGAACAUCUCGAUACUGAUAAUGAAGCAGGGGGGGAGGAUGCUCUGGUUGGGAAUGUGAACAAACUGAUGAUCACCCCUCCAGGAUACACCGGACCACACAAGAAAGGUCAUGUCAUCUUUGAUGCCUGCUUUGAGAGUGGUAACCUUGGCCGUGUUGACUACAUCAGUGAAUUUGAGUUUGAUCUGUUCAUCAGGCCUGACACGUGUAACCCGCGGUUCAGAGUGUGGUUUAACUUCACGGUGGAAAACGUUCGAGAGACUCAGAGGGUGAUUUUCAACAUUGUGAACUUCAGCAAGACCAAGAGCCUGUACAGAGAUGGGAUGUCCCCCGUGGUGAAGUCGACCAGCCGGCCUAAAUGGCAAAGAUUGCCAGCCAAGAAUGUGUAUUACUAUCGGUGCCCUGACCAUCGGAGGAACUAUGUGAUGUCUUUCGCCUUCUGUUUCGACCGUGAGGAUGACGUUUAUCAGUUUGCUUACUGCUACCCUUACACCUACUCCCGUCUGCAACAUUACCUGGCCAGCCUGGAGCGCCGAAAUCUGGAUUACCUGCAGCGAGAGCAGCUGGGCCUCAGUGUGCAACAACGAAGGCUGGAUCUUCUGACCAUCACCAACCCUGCGUUUUCUUGGUCCCUUCGUAGCAGCCCGGGCGUGCCUGUCCCAGAGCAGCGGGUACAGCCUCCGCUUCUGCGUCUCAAUGGGAAGCUGAAUGUUUUCUCAGUGCAUCUGGGUGAUGGCUGAAACUGCAUUCAGAGCUCUGGGAGAGACAGAUGGGGUAGCCAGGAAGGAUGCAGCCCCCAUAUGUCUAAAAUAUCUGGCUGCUCUAAUACACUUUGAUUAAAAUAAUGUUUAUGUAAGGCACGUGGAGUAGGCUAAUUUUCCCAGCUUUGCUCAGCAUCUGUUACCCAAAGCCACACAAGACUGUACCGCUGACCUUCACAACUCUACAAAAGACAUGCACGGUGCAACAUGAUUUUUAGCUUACCUUGUUUGGGGUUAUAUAAUGAAAAUAAAAAAUAAAAAUAUUACCUCAUGUUUCUGUUCCCCUUGCCAUUUU